GUGUUCUGUGACCUGGCUGUCAAAUCAACUGGCGCCAACGAAUUUGAAUCGCGGUGCACGCGCAUUGUCCAAGCUUCUUCGUGUUCGCGGGUUUCUAACAGUUACGUUUCGGCCACUUGUAUCCGACGGCGUUUGUGCGCUGUUAGCUUGCUGGCAGUGUUGCAGAGAGGCAGUGCCGAGCGUGCUAGAGUGAACUGGCGGUGCAAUGGAGGGUGACGGCGGCGACUGGGAGCUGUCCAAGGAGAACAUCCAGCCAUUGAGGCAUGGCCGCGCCAUGUCGUCGCUGCAGGCAGCACUGGCUCCACAGUGCCAAGAAAACCUCAGGCAGAUACGACGGGAGUUUGAGGAGGAGCUUAGAACCACAUCUGGGGUCAGCCUGCUGGAUGUAUACCACAGGUAUGUGCUGUGGGUGGAGCAGCACCAUGUGACGGGUGGACAUGGUGUCAACCUGCGGCAGCUGCUUGAGCAGGCCAUUGUGCAGUUCAAGACAAACACUGAGCUCUUCAACGACGAACGCUACGUUGACAUUUGGAUACGCUAUGCUGAGCAGUCGCCAGAGCCCCUGGCCGUGCUCAAGGCAAUGUUUGAGACUGACAUCGGGGUGCGGCAGGCCCACUUCUAUGCCACUUGGGCACAGCAACUGGAAGCAUCUGGAGACACCCGCGGUGCAUCGCGCGUCCUCCAGGGUGGCAUCGAUCGACGUGCUGAGCCCACCAACUUGCUUGAGGGGGCACUGAGGCACCUGGAGGCACGCGUCAGCCGCCAGGUUGCUCUCGAUGUGCAGCAGCAGGGCCAGGAAGCAGCAGCAGCAGUUGGUGGCGCGAGACAGGAUCCUCGACCUGUGCUGGCACCAUUGCGUCCACAGGGCAGGCAGGGCACCGCACCAGUGAUGCGCACAGGGCCCACGGCUAGGCCAGCCGAGCAGCAACAGGGGGGCUUGGCGAUUGUGUCGGCAGGCUCGGCGGUUGGGAACCGAGGCCACACAAAGGUGCGCGUGCGUGCCGACGAAAACGCCCCGCCGGACAGCGCUGCCCUUCUCGUGCAACCCGUCGCCGCCCCGCCCUUUGCACCCACCACCCAGCAGACCAAGGAGAACAGCCGCUCGGCUGGGCCAUGGUCUGGAGUCACGGCAAAGCAGCGUCUGCAGUUGGUGUCUGCCCAGCCGGGCUUUGAGGUCUUGGAGGAGCAAGGCAGUGAGCCACUUCCAUGCACUCCUGCGCUGAUCCCAGGCUCGCGGCAAGCCCUCAGCGAGCGCAAGAAGUCGGCCGACGUCUACAAGGGCAACCGCUUUGACUGCUGGGAGGUCCCACUCUGUCGGCCUGAUCCACCAGACCUGCCCACGCGGCCCAUGUAUGACAAGGCGAGCGUCUACCGGGGCACCACGGAGUUCCAGUUUGAGGAAAUCCGCAUGGCUAGAAUUCGAAUGUGGGAACGUAGGCUGUUGGAGCAGCGGCUGGAGGCCCAGCGAGACCGGUGUGCACAGAUGGAGCUGGAGCGACUUCAGCGCCAGGAGAGAGAGCAGUCCGAACGCGACGAGCAGGUCGAGGCACUCAGGUGUGAGGUGCUGCAGUUGCGCCAGGAGCUGCAGAAGAUGCGUAGCAUGCUCGCCAAGACCAGGAGUGGCACCAGGGACCAUGCCGUGAUGACCAGCAGGAUGGUGAAUCUCGAGCAGAGCAUCCUGGUUGCUGAGCAAUCCAUCCUGGUCAGUCCUUCCUUGGGCAAUGCCCUGAAGGACAGGGCCCCUGGCCAGCCUGAGGAAGCACCACCCGGCACCCCGAGUGUUCACCAGGCGAGCGGGCUUGCGAGUGCUGAAAGUACCCAGAGUGGCACGAGCCUACGCACAGCUGACGUGUCGAACGUCGUGCGCGGCCUCUGGAACUGCACCUUGGCACAAUCGCGCCUGGAUCAGCCAUCACUGAGCCAACAAGAUCGCACGGUGGAAGGAGCAGCAAAUAAUGCAGAGGUCGAGGCACAAACAGAGACCACUCUUGAAGGUGCUGUUGUGGGUGUUGCAGCUACGCCUUUUGAGGUGUUCUGCGAGCCCACCCACACUGGGGGGCUCUCCUGCAGUGCCCAACCUCCACCGACGGGUGCCCUGGUAGACGGCGUCAAUGAUGAGAACAGGCGCCCUGCAGAUUGUGGCCCACCAGAGCCUCCAGUGUGGGCAAAGCCACUUCACCAAAGGGUGCCCUUCGCCGAACUGCCUAUGCAGGAGGAUCAGGCUGUGGACAAUGAUGAGGAUGUCCUGCAGGGUAUCAAACCCUUGGAGGACGAGGAUAAUUUCACCUAUGCAGUAUCCAAGAGCUUUGCCCGCAAGGUGACCUCGACCCCCUGCGCGACGGACCACACGGUGCCCGAGGUGGGUGAGGACUUCACGGUAGGCGGUCUGACUGCACUUGUCCAGGGGGUGGCCAUCUGUGAACCCUCUCCACGUGCCUCAACAGCAUCUGCACAGCCGUGCCUGGUGGAGCCUCUUCUGCAGCCACUGCAGCAAGUGCCGCAGGAACUUUGCAACUUGGAACAUCAGCAGCCCUGCCCUCCUGCUGUGCAACCAGCUGUGGAAUUGCCCCCUGGUGCUGACACUGGCAACAGUGUACCCCUAGCCAAGCGCCGGUUCUCUGUUGCUGCUGCUGCUGGGGACCUGAGCACCAUCCUGGAGUGUAGCAAGGAGGGCAAGUCGAGCAGCAACAGUGGAGGCAGCAGCUGUUCGAGCAGCUCGUCCCAGCACUCGGUGGGCGUGGCCACACUGAGCACCACCACUGGCCGACCCCCGACUGGCGGCAGCUCCACCUUGCCCGCCGUCCAGGAGGAGCCUGACGACGGCUGUGGUGACGUCUCCAUGGCAACGCCAGCACCACAAGAGCAGCAGCAACGUGGCGAGGGGGUAGAGCAAGCAGCGUCGCCUGUGGGUUGCAAGGACCCGUUUUCAGAGGAGGCACGGUGCAGCAUAUUGACCUUGUGGCAGCCACAGCAAAGCGAUCAAGAGCAGCUCCUCGAGUCAUCCGGCAAGCGCCCUGUCCUCAAGGCAGAUGCACAGAUCACUCUGGGUGGCCAGGAGGUGAAGGUGCUCCACCACUUGGCAUCGGGCGCUUAUGCGCGGGUCUAUCUGGCGCUGAUAUUGAACACCGAGGAGACAUACCUGGACGAUGAUGAAAGUUUUGAAGCACCUUCCCAGACGAAGGUUGUGCUGAAGGCGGACAACAGCAGAACCAGUGCCUGCUGGGAGACCUACAUCUGCUGCGAACUGCGUCGACGUUUCAACGAGGCCUUUUCGGGGGCACCUGCGAAUUGUGUGGUAGACUUGCAACUAGCCUGCUUCUUCAACAAUGGCGCCAUCCUGGUGUUCCCGUACGGCCCCUAUGGAACACUUUUGGAUCUGGUGGGCCGGUACCGGAAGCAAGGCCGCGGCUGCAUUCCCGAGUGCCUGGUGCUCUACUUUGCCCUCGAGUUGAUCACCACCCUGCAACAGGUGCACUUGUGUGGCAUCAUCCACGCAGAUGUGAAGCCUGACAAUGUCGUCAUCAUUGACCUCCCAAGCAAGGCAGGCUUCCUCGACCGAUUUACUGAGGAGGGGACCAGGUGCCUGCAGUUGAUUGACUUUGGACGUGCCAUCGACAUGAGCCAGCUGCCCCCUGGCACAACAUUCACCAACACAGUGACAACAGAUGGCUUUGUCUGCACCGAGAUGCGCGACGGUCGCCCGUGGACCUUCCAGACUGACUGGUUUGGCCUUCUGGGAUGCCUGCACGUGCUCUUGUUCGGAGACUACAUGGAAGUCGAGAAGAUGCCCACUGGCACCUGGAGCAUCCGACGCAAGUUCAAAAGGUACUGGCAACAGGACCUGUGGAAUCGCCUCUUCUCGACCCUCCUCAACGUUCCCAGCUGCUCGAUUCAGCCAGACCUCACACCUUUUGCGCUGGAGAUCCAGAGCCUGUUGCGGAACAGGUCACGUGCGCACGAUGUGGUUGUGGAAGCUCUGCGGGCCAAGAACAUUUAAUUACUUUAACCCUUUCCUAACUCACAGUAAAUUUUUAACACUGACUUCGUACAAAAGAGCUUGUCUCAGUCUCAAUUACAAAGACUGAGAGUCUGUUGUGCAUAGCAUUUUAUUCCAAUUAAUGUGAAUACCAUUUUACAUGUGCCAGUUUUCAUCCUACUUUAAGUCCAUGUGACUAUUUGCAAUGGGUUUUAUUGUGUUUCUUUUAAGAUAUUUUAUUCGCUGUGUAUUUUACUAAGCCCUCCCUUCUGUUUUCUUUUUGAAUAAAGUAAACACUACUUAGUAUUCAAACUCGGUUAAGUAUUUUUUUUUAUUUUUAGCAUGCUUACUAGAGAGUGACAGCAUAGGGCGGCAUGGUGUCAGCAGUCAUUUUAUGUGUCAAUCAGAAAAUUUUGCAAAUUUUGUUUUGAUUACCUCGCCGCCGUGGUUAAGAGAUGCUCGAGGGCAUUGGAAGCACAUUCAAUAUUCUGCAAUCCUAACGUCCAUCAUUUUUUACUGCACCAUAGAUUUCUACUCGGAAGUAGUUUACAGCAUCACUUGCAUAGCGUAGCACGGUGCGCUGCACAUCGUAUGGAUGUCUUAGUGUAUUUGUGCCAUAAUAAAACAAAGAAUGUGUCUGUAACUACUAGAACGUUUCUCAUCUAUGCUUAUAACUUUUUAGACCAGAAAUGUUGUAAAUGUGUACAUACCAUGUGUACAGGUGCUCCUUUGUGUUAAAUAAACUUUUAUAACAUUUUACAGCA